AAACAAGUUUUGUGGAAUCAAACGAUGGGAGCCCACUGAAAGAGAAAAGAAUAUCUGUUUAUAAAACCCCAUUUCUAUAAACACCGUAGUUUCCUCCGAUUAUUCAGAAUAGUUACAAGUUUAAUAGCGACAGGAAGUGGAGGAUCUUCAAGGAAUUCCUUGUCCUGAUCAGUGAUGGCUUCGAAGCGGAUCUUGAAAGAACUCAAGGAUCUUCAGAAAGAUCCUCCCACCUCUUGCAGCGCAGGCCCUGUGGCUGAAGACAUGUUUCAUUGGCAAGCAACCAUUAUGGGUCCUCCUGAUAGUCCUUAUUCUGGUGGAGUGUUUCUAGUUACUAUUCAUUUUCCACCAGAUUAUCCAUUUAAGCCACCUAAGGUAGCUUUCAGGACAAAGGUUUUCCACCCAAACAUCAACAGCAAUGGAAGCAUUUGCCUUGAUAUUUUGAAGGAACAAUGGAGCCCAGCUCUCACCAUUUCCAAGGUUUUGCUGUCGAUAUGCUCAUUAUUGACAGACCCUAACCCCGAUGACCCUUUGGUCCCUGAGAUUGCCCAUAUGUAUAAGACCGAUAGGAGCAAAUAUGAGACCACGGCUCGAAGCUGGACCCAAAAGUAUGCCAUGGGUUAGGUGUCGUGGUGUGGUGUGGGUCAGUUUAAUUUAUUUCUGGUUUGUUUUUUCUAUUUUUGUUGGAUUUGAAAAAAUUAUGAAUUGAAAAUAUGGUAAUUAAGUGAUUAUUGUAAGAUAUAUGGUUAAAAAGGGAAAGCUAACAAAAAUCCCAUUUAUGCUUUUAUUUAUUAUUUAUGGAGAAGAUAUUUAUCA